CCUGCAGGUGACCCUUGCCCGCCUGCCUGCCUGCCUGCCCCCCCCCCCCCACAGCUGGAACCCAGAAGGCUGUGUCCCCCUUCCUCUGGCGUCCUUCCUGGUCUCCUGCUAUCAGAGCUUCCCCUUUCUUGGUCAUCGAUUCCCAGAUUCUGGCUCGUACUCUUCUGGGGAACCUCUUAGCGUCCACAGCAAGGCCUGACGGGGACCUGCGGUGAUAGCUCUCACGCUGCUAGUGGGGGGCAUAGUCCUCAGAAUGUUCCAGGAGAAAUAGAAGCCAGAGUCUCUAACCCGUUCCCCCCAAUAAUGGGGCCCCCAAUGAGUCAUCUUCUGUGUGGCCUGUGUGUGUGGGUGGCCUUGGGCUGGGUAGGGGGCUCAGCCCCCAACCUAGGCGCUGCUGAGCAGGAGCAGAACCACUACCUGGCCCAGCUGUUUGGCCUGUAUGGGGAGAACGGGACGCUGACUGCAGGGGGCCUGGCGCGGCUCCUGCACAGCCUGGGGCUAGGCCGAGUCCAGGGCCUUCGCCUGGGACACCACGGGCCUCCAGCUGGUCGGGCUGCACCCCCAGCUGGAGACAAUUCCACACACAGGCCACAGGACCCUGAUCUGAGUGUGGAUGUCUGGGCAGGGCUGCCUCUGGGUCCCUCAGGGUGGGGUGACCCGGAGGAGCCAAAGGCCCCACCACCACUCCAUGGGCCAGCCCCCUCGGGCCUGGGCCUCUUUCAUAGGCUUCUGCUGCUGGACCAUUCGCUGGCUGACCAUCUGAAUGAGGAUUGUCUGAAUGGCUCCCAGCUGCUGGUCAACUUUGGCCUGAGUCCUGCUGCUCCUCUGACCCCCCAUCAGUUUGCUCUGCUGUGUCCAGCCCUGCUUUAUCAGAUCGAGAGCCGCGUCUGCAUCCAGGCCCCAGCCCCAACCCCUACAGGGGACCUAUUAUCUGCCCUGGUUCAUAGCGCCCUGGCUGUCCUGCUGCUCAGCCUCCCAGCUCCCCUCUCCCUGCUGCUGCUGCGGCUCCUGGGACCUCGUCUACUGCGGCCUCUGCUGGGCUUCCUGGGGGCCCUGGCCGUGGGCACUCUUUGUGGGGAUGCACUGCUACACCUGCUGCCACAUGCACAAGGAGGGCAGCAUGCUGGACCCAGCGGGCAACCAGCGGAGGACCUGGGUCCAGGGCUGUCCGUGCUCGGAGGCCUCUUCCUGCUCUUCGUGCUGGAGAACACACUAGGGCUUUUGCGGCGCCGAGGGCUCAGACCAAGAUGCUGCAAGCAGAAGAGAAAGGAUGUCAGAACACUGAACCUGGACCCGGAAGAUGGCAGUGGCUUGGCCCUUCAGCCCUUACAGGCAGCUCCAGAGCCAGGGGCUCAGGGCCGCAGAGAGCAGGACAGUCAGCCCCCACCAGCUCCAGCCCCUCCUGGGCACCAAGGCCACAGUCACGGGCAGCAGGGUGGUAGUGGCACUAAUAUCACAUGGAUGGUCCUCCUGGGAGAUGGUCUGCACAACCUCACUGAUGGGCUGGCCAUAGGUGCUGCCUUCUCUGAUGGCUUCUCCAGUGGCCUUAGCACCACCCUAGCAGUCUUCUGCCAUGAGCUGCCCCACGAACUGGGUGACUUUGCAAUGCUGCUCCAGGCAGGGCUGUCCUUUCGGCGGCUGCUGCUGCUGAGCCUGGUGUCUGGAGCCCUGGGACUGGGGGGUGCAGCCCUGGGGGUGGGGCUCAGUUUGGGCCCUGUCCCCCUCACUCCCUGGGUAUUUGGGGUCACUGCUGGGGUCUUCCUCUAUGUGGCCCUCGUGGACAUGCUACCAGCUCUGCUUCGUCCUCCUGAGCCCCUCCCUACACUCGAUGUGCUCCUGCAGGGGCUGGGCCUGCUGCUGGGGGGCAGCCUCAUGCUCACCAUUGCCAUGCUGGAGGAGCAGCUAUGGCCCCUGGUCUCUGAUGGCUGACGGGGGCCAGUGGAAAGGCGUCCAGGUUGCCCUUCCUUCCCCCCAACCACAGGAAUGGAGGCGGGACACAGGGCCAGUAGGAGCAAUAGGAUUUUAAUAAACAGAACCCAUCCCAAA